ACAAGCCCUUUUCAACUUCCCAACAUAUAUACAUUUCAAACCAGAAGCUUUCUUCCACUCCAAAACUACCUAGCUAGACUGAUCACAUGUAGAGAGCAAACAUACUGUUCACACGGAUAAAUUUUGUAAUCACAAGAUGAACGGCAGAAGAAUGGAUAUCACUGGCAACCGGAAUCAGGGUGAUGUCGAAGACGAGGAUGAUGCACCGCUUCCAGGGUUUCGAUUUCAUCCCACUGAUGAAGAGCUGGUAGAUUUUUAUCUGCGGCGCAAGGUUGAGAAGAAGCCUCUCAGUAUUGAGCUCAUCAAACAUAUUGAUAUCUACAAAUACGAUCCCUGGGAUCUUCCAAAAGGGAGUAAUGUGGGAGAUAAAGAAUGGUAUUUCUUCUGUAGAAGAGGCAGAAAGUAUAGGAAUAGCAUAAGACCCAACAGGGUCACCAGCUCUGGGUUCUGGAAAGCUACUGGCAUUGACAGACCAAUUUACUCUGAAAGCCGCCGUGAUCAGUGUGUUGGAUUGAAGAAAUCUCUGGUUUAUUAUCGCGGUAGUGCAGGAAAAGGCACCAAAACUGAUUGGAUGAUGCAUGAGUUUCGCCUCCCCCCUCCGGAUUAUCAGCCAAACAAAAAUACCUCCAAAAUCAUCCAAAUCAACGAUGCAUUUCAGGAAGCGGAAGUAUGGACACUCUGUCGGAUUCUAAAGAGAAAUACAUCUCAUAAAAAGAAUUUACCGGAUUGGAGGGAUCAGAUAACUUCUAGUAAGAAAAAAUAUAAUCCAUUAAUUGAUGCAAGCUCCAAAACAUGCAGCGGUGAAUCUGACAAUCUACAAGGUUUCAGUAUCAGCUUCCAGCAGACUCCUAAACUUAUCGAUCAGCAUAUCAGGGAGGAGAAGCCAGUUGUCUUUCCAAAUAACCAUGUCACGGAUUUGAGCCAUUUGGUUAUGGCACCUGUCACAAACUCUAUGUAUCAAGAAGCUCCAUCAAGUGUUGUAACAUCAUACUCCAACUUUUCGAGCCCGGAGAUGAAUGAAUUUGUGAAAUAUGGAGAUUGGGAAGAGCUCAGGUCUUUUGUGGAAUUUGCUGGUGAUCAGUGUAUGAUAUAAUCAAAAAAUUACUACCUUAGCUUUAGGCUCUCAUCUUCUUUUUCUACUGGUGUGUAUCUUCGUCUUUCGUAUACAUUCAGAGUCCUAAUGUUGAAGAGAAGUAGUUGCAGCUAGCUUGCUGUUAUAUACACAGUGCAUGUGUAGUGUGUACUGUACUCUAAUUUAUGUGUUGUAUACUUGUAUAUAUGUUUUAUGAUGAUGAUUGCCUAGCUUGUUUAUCUGACUUUUGAUGCAAUAAUAUACUGAGCGUUUCUGGUAA